AUGGAGGAGAUGAAGCCAAGUGCCGCAAACUCACCGCCGUUAACGCCGUUAGGAUUUCUGGAGAGAGCAGCAACCGUGUACGGAGACUGUACAUCCAUCGUUUACGGAAACUCCACCGUGUACACGUGGCGGGAAACGAAUAUCCGCUGCCUCCGCGUCGCGUCGUCUCUGUCUUCUUCCAUCGGAAUCAGAAGAUCCGACGUUGUCUCCGUCCUCUCAGCUAAUACUCCGGCGAUGUACGAGCUCCAGUUCGCCGUUCCGAUGAGUGGCGCAAUCCUCAACAACAUCAACACCCGCCUCGACACUCGCACCGUCUCUGUUCUCCUCCGUCACUGCGAAUCUAAGCUUCUCUUCGUCGACGUGUUUUAUUCCGAUCUCGCCGUCGAAGCGAUUUCGCUGUUCGAUAAGCCGCCGAUUCUCGUCCUCAUAUCCGACGAAGAAGAGAGUGUUGACGUGGCGGAUCGUUCGAAAUUCUGUUACUCGUACGAGGAUCUGGUUGAGAGAGGGGAUCCGGAAUUUAACUGGGUCCGACCCGUGAGCGAGUGGGACCCGAUUGUGGUCAACUACACUUCCGGUACGACGUCGUCUCCCAAAGGAGUGGUCCACUGUCACAGGGGCAUUUUCGUCAUGGCGAUUGAUUCUCUAGUCGAUUGGACCGUACCGAAAAAUCCGGUUUACUUGUGGACCUUACCGAUGUUUCACGCUAACGGUUGGUGCUAUCCUUGGGCAAUCGCCGCCGUCGGUGGAACUAACGUCUGUUUGCGGAAGUUUCAAACGCCGUUAAUCUACCGUCUGAUUCGUGAUCACGGCGUGACUCACAUGUGCGGUGCGCCGGUAGUUCUGAACAUGCUAACGGCGGAUCGGGAAUCUCAGCCUCUGACAAGUCCGGUUCAUUUCUUAACCGCCGGUUCUACGCCGCCAGCUUCGGUGCUCCUCCGCGCCGAAUCUCUGGGUUUCAUCGUCAGUCACGGGUACGGGUUAACGGAGACAGCCGGCGUGAUCGUCUCCUGCGUGUGGAAGCCGAAAUGGAAUCUGUUACCGGCGAGCGAUCGGGCGAGAUUGAAAGUCCGGCAAGGAGUGAGAACCGUCGGGUUUACCGAAAUCGACGUGGUGGAUCCCGGGUCGGGUCGGAGCGUGGAGAGAGACGGAGAAACCUUCGGGGAAAUAGUGAUGAGAGGGAGCUCGAUCAUGCUCGGAUACUUGAACGAUCCGAUCGGAACAGGGAAGUCUCUGAAAAACGGGUGGUUAUUCACCGGAGACGUCGGAGUGAUUCACGGAGAUGGUUAUCUGGAGAUCAAGGAUCGAUCGAAAGAUGUAAUCAUAACGGGAGGAGAGAAUGUGAGCAGCGUGGAGGUGGAGAAGGUUCUGUACACGAACCCGGCGGUGAAUGAAGCGGCGGUGGUGGCUAGACCCGACGAGUUUUGGGGAGAGACGCCGUGUGCGUUUGUGAGUCUGAAAACCGGGUUGACCCGGAAACCCACGGAGAAGGAGAUUAUAGAGGAUUGUAAGAAGAAGAUGCCACAUUACAUGGUGCCUAAAACGGUGACGUUUCUUGAAGAGUUGCCUAAAACUUCCACAGGGAAGAUUCCAAAGUUCGUGCUUAAGAAGAUGGCCAGUAAAAUGGGUUCCACGAGGUUAAGUCGGAUGUAA